UGACAAGCAGUCAUAUGUUUUUGAUGCCUGUUUAUUUGACUUGAGUUUGAAAUAAACUUAUACAGCAGUUGUUUCCAAACGAUUUUAGCUAAAUGGGCGUAAUUAUAAAAAUUCACAUGCAAUGAACGAUCCCAAUAAAAAAAUAGAUAUAGACAAAUCGUCGCUGCUAAGUUUAAAAGCGGAAUUGCUCCGCAAGCAGGAGGAAGUUAGCCGUGCUAAAGCGUUCAACUCAAUUGAUGAUUUCGUUCCAAAGAGAGUCCCCAAAGUUGAAAACCCUGACAAUGGGCCCAGAAAAAGCCAAGACGUACAAUCGUCAUCUAAAACCGAAAAAUUAGCAAUCGAGCUAGAAGACUCAGCUACACUAGAGCGUUCGAAAAAGGCUCUCGUAGCCAAGGCUCGAUACUAUGAUAAGAUGGUAGCAUCUGGUGGUUCCUUGAACAGCGACGAAAACUGUCUGGUAAUGUUUAACCGGAAGAAACAAACAGGGAAGCCAUCCACUGAACAGAAAUAUAUGAGCAGCAGUUCAGAUGAUGAUUCGGAAUUGAACAAUUCAUUUGAAAAGCAAGACAAACACAAAAGAGAUUCUGAAAAUGAUUGGGUUGAGUUUGUCGAUUUCUUGGGUCGAAGCCGUCGUUGCCGGAAAGAAGAGUUGGAAGACUGCCUGAACAAAGAUAGGGAAUUGGCUCGAGCGACAAGCCCGCGAGAAGGACAACGAGCACGAAUUGAAGAAGCGCACUUUAGUGGUGACGAUAAUGAAACGAUAGGGCCUGUUCCCUCUAUGGCAAUUACAGAGGAUACUAUAGGAGAACGGUUUCGGGCAAUGAGGGACCAAUGGGCCAAACAAGAUGAAGAAAAUCUUGAAAAGGAUGCAGUAACCUACCAAGACGUGUUGUACGAUGAGGCCCGUCAACAUGGCGUCGGUUACUAUGGCUUUUCAACCGAUCGGGAGGAACGUAUUCGACAGCAGCAUGAGCUGGAUUCCAUAAGAGAAGCAACGAUGGAAGCGCAAAAGGAAAAGGAAAAUUUGCGCAACGUUCGCGACAAAAUAAUUGCCGAAAGAGUGAAAGCGGCCAAGGCAAGGCAGCGAGCUCGCCUCGGAUUACCCCCAGAGGACGAAGAAGAAUCAACUAAUGAUAAAGCUAAAGAUGAAGAACUCUAUGAUACGGCGGCUGAGAAAAAGAGAUUGAAGGCAGAAGCCAAAGCACAGAAGAAAAAGGAAAAAGAAGAAAGAAAACGGGAGCGAGAACGACAGAAGCAUGUGCGGCCUUGGGAUCAAGGAAAAGAACGAGAUGACGAGUUGGAGUGGAAGCCGGCUCGGGAAUGGCAUGUAAUGUCCCAGGAAGAGUGGAACGAGAUGAAGCGAAAAGAAAGAAUACCCGAAUUUGCUCCCCCUGUGGAAAAAUCUGCAACUUUAAUGGAAAGUAAAAAUUCUCAACCUGUAGAAAAUUCCUCAACAUUGCAUGAAACGUUUAGAAAUAAUCCGUUAUUGAAAUCAUACUGUGGUGAUAAUAAUUCUAGACUAAAAGCAGGUGGAUAUCAGCAAGAAAAUGAAGAAGAUGAUGAGGAUGAAAUUAUUGGUCCUCUUCCUACUAAAUUAGCACCGAGCGGUAACAAUGAGGAGGAAGUUGACUUACCCAUAAUUCCGGGUAUGGAAAACAAUAUAUUUCCCGAAGAAUCAAAUCGAGUAUUGUUUUUCACAAGUAAGAAAAACGUUUCUAAACGAAAGUUUGAUUUUAUCGAUAAGACUACCGCUGACAAACUGCAAUCAACUUUAUCUUCGGUCAUUAAUAACAACGCCAGAUUACCUCAUAACACAAAAUUAGGUAACUUAACUUCCUUAGAAGACUCUUAUCAAACGAAGUUUUCUACUGCGAAGCGGAAGGAGUUCAAACGAAAAAAUUAUGAUCUCUUCGCCGAGACCGAUGAAGUUCCGAGUCAAACUAAUAAGCCGAUUCCGAUACGGAAUGAACUGAGUGAUGAUGAUGAACUGGAAGAUCAGCUCGAGCGUAAACAAAUCGAUGCUGAUGGGGGUGUGCAAAUUGCACCGCCACCCACUUACGAAUAUUACGGACCAUCGUCUAGUAAAAGAAAGCCAACAACACGUCAACCGCCGAUCUCGAAAACAGCCCUAGAGGCAUCCAUUGAAGCUGGGUUGAAAUUCUUGCGGAAUCAAUCAGACAAAGCUGGAGGUCCCAGUGUACCGACAAAAAACAAAUGGACUACUAAUGCGGACUAUUAAGCGGUGAGUUUUGUUGGAAAAAAUUUGCAAUAAAUCGUUGUGCUGGUUUUAUUUUUA